AUGGCCAUUUCCGGGCAGCGCUUCGAGCUCGAUCUCGAUGCAGAGGACUUUACCAUCAAUCCCAUCGAUGAGUCUUCCCUGAGCGAAGCGUUCCGGAUCAAGGAUAUCCAAGAACACGAGCCCGCAGACGUGCCCGCCCCUCCGCAACCGAAAGCCACAAGUACUGGCUUCCCCGAGCACAAACAGCGUAAAGUCUCGCGCUUCAAACAGAAGCAAGAGCAAGUGCGUCACAAUGGAAUUGAGCAGCUAAAGUCCCGCGGACCGUCUGAUGCGGCUCUGGCGCAUCGGCUAAGCCGCAAGCAGGGCGUUGGCGCUGAAGCAGAUCAAAAAACCGAGAUCAGUGAGGAGAAUGAUCGCCGCAUCGCUGCCAUGUCUACCCAAGAGAUCGAAGAGGCUCGAGCAGAGAUAAUGGGGACCUUGAGCCCAGCACUCAUUCAGCGGCUAAUGAAGAGAUCUAGAAUUGACGACGAUGAGAUGCAAAAUGACAUAAACCUUCCUACACCAGGACAAAACGUUCCAUCACACCCAUCGACCGAAGUAACAGAGCCGCCAAUCAGAAAGGAUGUUAAGACCGCAGCAGAACUUCUCUCCAGCUCUGGAGCACAGGAUGUCCAACCUCCUGCAGACAUCGGGGCUGAUGACCCAGAUCCUCCACCAACUACGAUUCACCCCGAGCCAUCAAACGUCCACUUCCCCGUACCUCCGCGCUCGCCCUCGGACUUUCGCCCGCUCGAUCCCAACUCGCCCACGUUCCUCUCAGACCUGAAGUCCACAUACUUCCCCGAGCUGUCACAUGCGCCGUCCCCAAACGCCCUCGAAUGGCUGCAGUCACCGUCCCCACAAGAUCUCGAAGCAUCCUCAUAUUCUCCCGCCCUGACCUCAUAUCCCGCUUCCUCCAUCCGCUUCUCCUUCCGCGGCUCUCUCAUACCUCCAGCUACCUCCCUGCGACUGCCAACCAGUCUCGGCCUGCAUCACCACGGCGACGCUCCGGAUUCAGCAGGCUACACCAUCCCAGAACUCACACUCCUCUCGCGCUCGAGUCUGCCGAACCAGCGGUGUGUCGCCUACCGAACACUCGGUCGCAUCCUUUACCGGUUGGGCAAGGAGGAGUUCGGGCGGCGGGGUAGCGAACUAUAUGAGGCACUGUGGGCAGAGUUUGAGAAGGAGCGUACACUGGAGUUGGUCAUGACCGAGGCCGCUAAGGAAAGAGGACACGUCAGUGCCAAAGCGUACGCGACAGAAGCGCUGUGGUUGUGGCGCAAAGGAUGUGGCGGCGAGAGAGGCUUGAGGAAGCCGGGCGAGAGAAUGGCGAUUUAA